UGAUAGGAGUAAAUUAUAUGCAUUUGACAAAGUUGGUAAUAUAGACAAAAGAAUAAAGUAAAAUGUAACAUGCAUUAAUAAUUCACACAAAUCACAUCCAACAAUGCUUAGAACACAAGAUUCCAUAUCAAACAUAUAUAUAGGGAUCAAGGGCCAUAGUUUUUUUCUACAUUACAAAUCUUUUUAGAAUAUCAGAGAAAAAAUAAAACCUACAAAAAUAAAAAAUAAAAAGAAAAUAUCAAUAUGGGAUUCAUAGUAGCAUUAAUAUUAUGCUCAAUAGUCUCAUCAUUUUGUUCAUCAGCAAAUUCACUGAGUCUGAAUUAUUACAGCAAAACAUGUUCGAACGUCGACUCCAUUAUCAGCAAAGUCGUUAAGGAUGCAACAUCGAAAGACAAUACCGUCCCUGCAGCGCUUCUCAGGCUACAUUUCCAUGAUUGCUUCAUAAGGGGGUGCGAUGGUUCGGUGUUGCUGGAGUCCAACGGUGGUAACAAAGCAGAAAAAGACGGAGCUCCGAAUCUUUCUCUGCAUGCGUUUUUCGUGAUAGAAAAUGCAAAGAAGGCAGUCGAAGCUGCUUGCCCGGGCAUCGUCUCCUGUGCUGAUAUCUUGGCCUUGGCUGCUAGAGAUUCUGUUGUCCUAGCUGGUGGGCCGACAUGGGAAGUUCCGAAAGGAAGAAAAGAUGGACGAACAUCAAAAGCCACCGAAACCGCAAAAUUGCCAUCUCCAGCUUUCAACAUUUCUCAACUUCAACAAAGCUUCUCUCUACGAGGCCUCUCAACGGAUGACCUCGUGGCUCUUUCAGGUGGGCACACACUAGGGUUCUCGCACUGCUCGUCGUUCGAGAAAAGGAUCCACAACUUCAACUCGACCCACGAUGUGGACCCCACCAUGCACCCGUCGUUUGCAGCGAGCUUGAAAAAUAUCUGCCCCGUUAAUAACAACGUCAAGAACGCUGGCGCCACCAUGGACCCUUCUUCUACGACGUUCGACAACACAUACUACAAACUUAUACUCCAAGGCAAAACCCUAUUUUCAUCGGAUCAAGCUCUACUCACCGCUCCAUACACGAAAAACUUGGUUUCUAAAUUCGCCAGCUCCAAAACGGCUUUCUACACUGCCUUUGCAAACUCGAUGAUUAAGAUGAGCAGCAUCAAUGGAGGGCAGGAGGUCAGGAAGGAUUGUAGGGCUGUAAACUGAAGGCUACUUUAGUAAUUUAGCACCAUAUAUUUUAGUAAUUAGCCUCUCUAUUACAGGCAUAUAUUAUCAUUGUGGUGAUGUUUUAGCAAGGAGAAUGUCCAAAAUACCCUUGUUAUUUUCUGUUGUGUGUCUGAAUUGUAAUCCGUGCUAGUUACUAUAAAAUUUUAUGCUACUUCAUGCUUUACUAUUAUUUAUAGGUGCAAAAAUC